GCGUAUACUUCAGUCCGUGCAUUCAACGAUAGUGGCCAAGGCCGUGCAUAACGGCGCAGUUGUCCAGUUUCAAUAUUCGUACCGAGAAUCAAACACUAAUUUUAAGAAAAUCAUGCCGUUUUACGCUGUAGCAGAAGGACACGCUCCAGGAAUUUAUCGUCAUUGGGACGAGUGCGCAAGUCAGGUAUCAGGCUAUUCAGAAGCGGACUUUCGCAAAUUCCACUGUCAUGCUGAUGCUCGUUAUUAUCUCCGUCGUCGAGGACUAGCUUCAUACGAAUAUGAAGAUCCUUGGGGAGUACACUCUGAAGAUGAAGAAGAAGAAGACACCACAUAUUAUGCUGUUUCGGUGGGACGCACUCCGGGGAUUUAUACAUCUCUCUCCCAGUGCAAGAGACAAGUGGACGGAUGUUCAGAUGCAGAAUAUCGGAAGUUCCAUUGCCAGACCGAUGCUAAACGUUUCAUGGCUCGACGUGGAGUAAAGAACUAUGGCAAUGGAUCCGACAAAUCGAACAUGAAGUUCAAUUAUGACAAGCAAGGGCGAGUUAAAAUUUACGUGGAUGGAGCAUGUUCGAAGAACGGCGACUCUGAUGCGACUGCUGGGCUUGGCGUCUGGUUCCGCGAUGACCACCCGUUGAAUGUUUCAAAACCAAUUCUCGGCAAGAACCUCACGAAUAUCAUUGCUGAGACGAUGGCCGUAACCGAAGCCUGUAAAAUAGCCAAAAAGAAUAAUCUGCAGAAAAUUACAAUUUACACUGAUUCCAAAUACGUCACUGAUGUGGUACUGGAACACAUCGACAAGUGGAUUGCCAAAGGCUGGAAAAAUAGUGCUGGACGUAAGGUUGGGAAUAAAAAAGUACUAGAGGAGCUGGAUAGGGCUAUGGGAGGCCUCGACAUCGAGUUUGACGAUGUCGAAGCUCACGCAGGGGUAUAUGGUAACGAGAAGGCUGAUCACCUGGCUCGUCAGGCUGCGGGAGAAUUCUGAAGAAAAUUACGGGAUCAAAAACUAUUUGUAGAAAAUUUAUGUCAGUAUCGAAGUCAUGAAACGUAACAAGUGAAUUUUUCAUAGCUUGAUAGACAUAAAACUAUUCUGAUAAUGAAUUAUUUUAAAAGGCGAUGGGACGAGAUAUUUCUGGGGGGAAAUUUCUUCAGCUGGAAAAAAUUAUCUCUCCGUUUUUUUCUUGAUCCCAUCAUUUUUUAGAUAAUUGCAUCAUUGAUACAUAUGUUAUAUCCGGAUUGCUACGUUUUAUCACUCUGUUCGCCAUAGUUAUUUUUUUGUAUAAUUUUUUUAUAAUCAUUACAAGAAUAUUUUGUACUAACACCAGUUGCUUAUAAAUUCAUGCUCAAGUCGAAAGAAAAUAAAUCAUUAUAUUUUAGUGGAAAAAACUGAUGAAUAUAUGUUGACGUCCACAUAAAGAGUCUACUUUAUCGAUUCUAGUUCUUGAGAUCCCAUUAAAACCACUGGUAAAUUAUUUUUUUUAAUCUUCUCUAUAGCGAUGCUAUUUUUUUAUGUUAUCGAGAUCAUUCUUGUAGACCGUUUUCAGGCGGACGUCUACCUAUUGUAAAUAUUAAUUAAAAACCAUAAUAAUAACAGGAAUAUAGAAUAAGUUUGUGAUAAAUUGAAAUUUCAAGGAAUAUUUUCAGUUCUCAUUUCGAUGAAUUUCACGU